GAAGUAAAGGUUUUCAAUGUGUCAGUGGGGGCUGUGUGCUGCAGGCCGCUGGCUCGUUGGCUCUGACGUUUGACCUGCUCUGAUGGCUGCAGUCUGAAGAGGUCACCCUGUGGAUUUUAACAAGAGGAUUUACACAGACACACACACACACACACACACACACCCUCUGGACAGUGGACACCUGAGGAAGUGAGGAGGCCCUGCUGGAACGAUGGCAAAGUACCACUGGCAGAGUCAAAAUGUGAAGCAAAGCGGAGUGGACGACAUGGUUCUGCUUUCCAAGAUCACAGAGGACGCCAUCGUGGAUAACCUCAAAAAAAGAUACCUGGACGACUACAUCUUUACGUACAUUGGGUCCGUAUUGAUAUCAGUGAACCCGUUCAAACAGAUGCCCUACUUCACUGACAGAGAGAUCGAAAUGUACCAAGGAGCUGCCCAGUAUGAAAAUCCACCCCACAUCUACGCCUUGUCUGAUAACAUGUACAGAAACAUGAUGAUCGAUGCAGAGAAUCAAUGCGUCAUCAUUAGCGGUGAGAGCGGCGCAGGAAAGACGGUGGCAGCCAAAUACAUCAUGAGUUACAUUUCGAAAGUAUCCGGAGGAGGAUCAAAAGUUCAGCAUGUUAAAGACAUCAUCCUGCAGUCCAAUCCUCUGCUGGAAGCCUUCGGUAACGCUAAGACCGUCCGCAACAACAACUCCAGUCGGUUUGGGAAGUACUUUGAGAUUCAGUUCAGCAGAGGAGGAGAGCCAGAUGGCGGCAAAAUCUCAAACUUCCUGCUGGAGAAGUCGAGGGUGGUGAGCCAGAACGAGAACGAGAGGAACUUCCACAUUUACUAUCAGAUGAUAGAGGGCGCCAACGAUCAGCAGAAAGAGGGCCUGGGCAUCAUGACCCCAGACUACUACUGCUACCUCAACCAGUCUGGGACCUACAAGGUGGAUGGGACCAAUGACAGCAAAGAUUUCCAAGAGACUAUGGAGGCCAUGCAGGUGAUUGGGAUCCCAGGUGACCACCAGACUCAGGUCCUGCACAUUGUCGCCGGCAUCCUGCACCUGGGAAACAUCAGUUUCAUAGAGGCAGGCAACUAUGGGAAGGUGGAAAGCACAGACUUGCUUGCCUUUCCUGCCUAUCUGCUGGGCAUCGAUCCCAGCCGCCUGCAGGACAAACUGACCAGCAGGAAGAUGGAGUCCAAGUGGGCAGGGAAGAGUGAGUCCAUUAAUGUGACCCUGAACCAGGAGCAGGCCACCUACACACGAGACGCCCUGGCCAAAGCCCUCUAUGCACGACUCUUUGACUACCUGGUGGAGGCCAUAAACAAAGCCAUUCAAAAACCACAUGAAGAAUUCAGCAUCGGAGUACUUGACAUUUAUGGCUUUGAGAUAUUCCAGAGAAACGGCUUUGAGCAGUUCUGCAUCAACUUUGUGAAUGAGAAACUGCAACAAAUCUUCAUUGAGCUGACGCUGAAGGCCGAGCAGGAAGAGUACGUUCAAGAGGGUAUCAAGUGGACUCCCAUUGAGUACUUCAACAACAAGAUUGUUUGCGACCUCAUUGAAAAUAAAUUGAACCCUCCUGGCAUAAUGAGUGUGCUGGAUGACGUGUGCGCCACCAUGCACGCCAAAGGGGAGGGUGCAGACGGCACUCUGCUGCAGAAACUGCAGGCCGCAGUGGGAACACACGGACAUUUCAACAACUGGAACUCUGGCUUUGUCAUACAUCACUAUGCUGGAAAGGUAUCAUACGAUAUCGUCGGCUUCUGUGAAAGAAACCGGGAUGUGCUGUUCCCGGACCUCAUUGAGCUCAUGCAAAGCAGCGAAUAUCCUUUCAUCUGUGGCUUGUUUCCUGAAAACCUCAACACGGAUAAGAAAGGCCGGCCAACCACAGCCAGCUCCAAGAUCAAGAAACAAGCUAACGAUCUGGUGAACACGUUGAUGAAAUGCACUCCGCACUACAUCCGCUGCAUCAAACCCAAUGAGACCAAGCGCCCAAAGGACUGGGAGGAGAGCAGAGGCAGACAUCAGGUUGAAUAUCUAGGACUGCGGGAAAACAUACGCGUGAGACGGGCUGGGUUUGCGUACCGCAGAGUCUUCAAUAAGUUUCUGAAUAGGUAUGCUAUUCUGACAGCGGAGACAUGGCCGUGUUGGAGGGGUCCUGAGCAGCAGGGGGUCCUUCACCUCCUCCGGUCUGUCAACAUGGACACCGACCAGUACCAGAUGGGACGCAGCAAGAUCUUUGUCAAGAACCCUGAAUCGCUUUUCCUGCUGGAAGAAAUGAGGGAAAGGAAGUUUGACACUUUUGCCAGAAUCAUUCAGAAAUCCUGGAGAAAAUUCAUUGCCAGGAAGAAGUACGAACAGAUGAGAGAGGAGGCCUCAGACAUCCUGUACAACUCCAAGGAGCGCAGGAAGAACAGCAUCAACAGAAACUUCGUGGGGGACUACCUGGGCCUGGAGCAGAGGCCCGAGCUGCGACAGUUCCUCGCCAAAAGGGAGCGCGUCGACUUCGCUGAUUCUGUCAACAAGUUUGAUCGCAGGUUCAAGUCUAUCAAGAGAGACUUGAUCCUCACCCCCAAGGGCAUCUACCUGAUUGGUCGAGAGAAGGUGAAGAAAGGACCCGAGAAGGGACAGAUAAAGGAGGUGCUCAAACGGAAACUGGAGUUCGGAAGCAUCAGCGGCGUCUCUCUCAGCACAAGGCAGGAUGAUUUCUUCAUCCUACACGAGUCGCAGUACGACAGUCUGCUGGAGUCCAACUUCAAGACUGAGUUCCUCAGUCUGCUCCUGAAACGCUACGAGGAAGUGAACAAGAGAAAACUGUCAAUCUCUUUCACCGACAGGUUGGAGUUCAGAGUGAAGAAGGAGGGCUGGGGUGGAGGAGGCUCCAGGGUGGUGGUGUUUCAGAGGGGCCAAGGGGACGUGGCCGAGCUCAAAGCUGGAGGGAAGACCCUCUGCAUCACAGUAGGGGACGGCCUACCCAAGUCGUCCAAGCCGAGCCGGAAGAGUGCUCCACAGUCCCGUGGUGGAGGGAGGAAUAAUGCUGCCACCAGAGCUCACCAGAAUGGAGCAGCCAUUUCUUCCAGAGCCCUCCCCAAACAACCAUCAGAUGCCACAUAUUCCUCCCCGCACAAACAAGCGCGGCCACCCAACGCGGCUCUGCCCAAACUGGGCUCCCAGAGGGCCCCCAGGGUGCCGGCCCACUCCCAGAACAACCACGGCAACCUGGACUUCCUCAAUGUGCCUGACCAGGGCAUGUCCGGGAAGCAGAGGAAAAGGAGCAUCAGUCAGCGGCCUCCGCCGGCUCCCAAGCCUCAGCCUCAACCAAAGGGGCCCCAGUGCCGCGCCAUCUACCAGUACAUCGGCCAGGACACGGACGAGAUCAGCUUCGACGUCAACGACGUGUUCGACCUCAUCAAAGAGGAUCCAUCAGGCUGGUGGACCGGCAGGGUUCAAGGAAAGCAAGGUCUCUUCCCUGGUAACUAUGUGGAGAAGAUCUGAACAGGACUCGGCCUUUCCUGGUGGACUUUCCUGGUCUGUUAAGAAACUGAGCACAAAAACUGCCUCUUUUAAUGGCUGCAAGUCAGAGCUUCAUCCAUGAUGGGAACUGUUUAAAGCUGGACCUCACUGAUAUUACAGGCUCAUAUACAUUGUUGGUGGGAAUAGAGCACAGAAGACAUUGUUGCUAUGGACACAACCUUUAAAGGUCCACUGCAAAGAGCUGCUCGGGUUUCGUCUGAAUGAUAACAACAAUCUCCAUCUUUGGCUUCACUGUUACUCCCACAACACCUUUCUUUGAGACGUUACUUUCCCAAAGGUGACCAGCAAAUAAGGCAUUGCUUUUUGUAUACAGUGUCCGUAUUUUCCCUGGAGGUGUUCUCCAGAGCAAUGCCCAAUAUGCUCAGUAUGGGUACGGUUAGAAUAACAACACGAAAUGAAGUAAUAAUUGAUAUUCUAAAUUAUAUUGAACAUGUUGGGUCUGUAGCAACCCAAAACCCAUACUUGAGGCCUCACUUAAAAGUUAUAAUUAACAUUACAAAUAUCAUUCACUUCAGUAAAAUAAAUAUAUUUUCAUAUUUUACCUCAAGGACUUUUGCACUGGUUUGAUGCUUUCAUCAGUAAGUUAUGAAAUAUUUCUGAUUUUCAAAAAAUAAAGGUGAUUUAUUAACUUUACAUUUGCCAUUUUUAUUUUUUAAUAUUUGGUUGAUUUUGUAAAUCAAUGUAAUUUCUUCACAAGCAAUCAAUAUUUGUUUUUUAUAUGGAUAAAUAAAAAAUGUUACAAC